AUGCCCGUCAACAGGAUGUACACGGCCGUGGUGUGCCUGUUAUUCCUGUUGGUACCGCUGGUGUGCUUCAUUGAGGGCAGUUACUUUCUGACGAUUCCGUUGUGCGUGAUCAGUGUGGUGUUUAUCUACGGUAUCGACCGCAGCCGCGAUGUGACGCCGUUGCCUUCUCCACGCGGGCACAGCGCCACCGUGUUACAGCCGACCACUUUCGAGUCUAACAGGGCGCAGUACGCGUCGCACCCACAGUUGUGCAACCUGGGUUAUUCCACAGACUCUGCGGACGACCCGGAGGCUGGGCGGAACGUUGGUUUGGAUCUAAGCGGCGACCGCCGGUCGCUGCAGCUGCGCGUGCAGCCGGGUUUGGUUCGAGACGACCCCGCCAAAAACGACCCUCGGCUCCACUCAGGGGAGCCGCCCCGCGAAGGCCGCCGUUCGGGAGAAGGGCGGCGUCUGCGCACGUUUAGCAGUGAUAUUACGAGCGAUUAUUCGCACAGCAAACCGUUACGUCGGAGUGACGGUUCGUGGUUCAGUAGCAAGUGGCAGCGCAAACUACCGGGUUGGCGUUUUGAUCCGCGGAACACGCUCUCCGCGUUGUACUUUUGUUGGGGGCUUCAGGGAUUUGCGCGUUGGGUCUUCCUCGAGUUCCUCGUCGGCUACCUCACCCUCAAGCGUGAGACAACCAUCCACGAGCAGAGCGUGACCGAGGCCGUUAGGCGCAUCUGGGAUUUGGAGACCGGCGUCUCACUUGUCCCUGCGGACUAUUCCACUGGCGGCCACGUGGAAAGCACACAUCCAGGCCUCGCAACCAACGGCGAAUUCCUUGCCGCAAGACACAUUAGGAAAGGUCUUCUGAAACUACCCCUCUUCGUCGCACCUGUGGGCACGCCACUUGGCAAUAAUGGUACCGCGUCCACUAAGGAUGGUACCGCAACCCCGGUUCUAUUCCCGGCUUUCCGGAACCCAAAUGUUACCACUCUUAUAGACAAUGAUUUGGUCUCGGCACAGGGUGUCAGUGGACAGGGAAAGGCCUCAUCGGAGCUGAUAGCCACUGCAGGAGGUUGGCAGCUCCGGAGUUUAAGUGAACAGUUUCUCAUCGAUUUGGCCCCGAGUGAAGGAGGUGUGUCGAUCGUCUUACCUUGUUUGAACGAGCAUGACUACGUUGGUCGGACGAUUGAGAGCAUUUUUGCGGAGACGAAUCCUUAUGUGCUGCGUGAGAUUAUCGUGGUGGACGAUCAGAAUGAAGUUCCAAUUGCUAAAGCUAUUCCGCCGUCUUUGUUGAAAAGUCCCAAGUUGAAAAUACUAGUGAAUCAGGAGCGGCAAGGUCUGAUUCGCUCAAAACAAAUCGGGGGGGAUCAUGCUACAGGGGACGUAAUCAUCUUCCUGGAUGCUCACAUUAAGCCUUAUCCACAUUACUUGUCCCAUUUGUUACGAGACAUCCAAACGAAUCCAAAUCGCGUGGUUGUGCCGGCUAUCCCGAUAUUGAACGGAACAACUUGGCAACAAGACGGUAAUGCCGUAGGAUACAAGAUGAUGUUCGAUUGGGACUUACGCUUCAACUGGUUUGAAGAUGAUGACGAUGAGGUACCCAUCAUGUCAGGAGGACUGCUCGCUCUCAGUCGCCAAUGGUGGGAAUAUACAGGAGGAUUUGAUAGCCGAAUGGAGAUCUGGGGCGGUGAGAACAUCGAACAGAGCGUCAAGACUUGGAUGUCCGGUGGCGAGAUCGUCGUUAACAGACUCGCAAAAAUAUCACAUGUGUUCAGACCCAAGUUCCCAUACACCGUCGACAACCGCAAAGUCAGCGGAAACAAACUUAAAACUGUCGACAUGUGGUUCGACGAAUGGGCGAAUAUUGUUAAAGCACAUAUUCAUGGAUAUACACCAUAUGACACUUCCCGGAGGAAUGAAAGCAUCCUCGACCGAGCAAUACAAAACCUGAUCCACAACGGAGACGGAAAGGAUGGGGACGGAAAGGACGGAGACGGAAAGGAUGGGGACGGAAAGGACGGGGACGGAAAGGACGGGGACGGAAAGGACGGGGACGGAAAGGACGGGGACGGAAAGGACGGAGACGGAAAGGACGGGGACGGAAAGGGCGGCCGUAAGACUGAUAAUGACGAAAGUCAUCAGUUUUCUAGAGGCAUGGGGGGAAAGCCAGGCGGCCAGGUGGACCGUAAAGCUUUAGCCCUUGACCGGUCGUUCAACUGGUACAUAGACAGGUUCAGACCGUCGCUUCUGAAGGCGAAUUUAAUCAACGUGCCGGCCUUUGUAUUGCGGACUACGGACACCCACGAAUGUCUGGCCGUAGAGCAAAGCACCCUUGACCUCAAACCCUGCAACAUGACACGCGAUGUGUGGGUACUCGAUGGUUAUAAACCGUCCGAAGUGUUUCCCAAUGAGCGCCCGGUUACAAAACCGAAGAACAGCUGGUCGCAUGACGACCUGGAGGGUCGUCACCUGGAAGAUAUGGGGGAUGCCUUUGAUACGAUGCAGUGGCACCAGUCCAGAUUGGGAGGCCAGGUCCGGGAUAACCUUUACUGCGGAGCAUCCCCUGUAUGUCGCAAGAAGGCUGCAGUCCUCAGAAAUCUUGACAGUGGCAAAUGCAUUGGAGCUCUCAGUACCUUUGACGCUUCCUUUGCUCACCAAGGUUUGUAUCUUGGACUCGAUACCAAAUGCAUGAGGGACGGUACCUACAGAGAUUUCACAAAGAACAUCGGAUUUAUACCGAUCAAUCCCAAGCCUCUCCGACAAAUCAAAUCCGACCACUUCCCCGAAUACGAACUUAAAGAGGAACAAUAUGAAGAUCUACUGGAUAUUCUUUUAUUUGACUUUGUUCUGCCCCGACCGAGUAGACCCAGCAUUCGUCUUGGCAAAACGAAAUACCAACGAAGCAUGAACUACACCUUACCGGACGCCGCAGGAUUGGACUGGCUCGUGGAUGUCUCCUGGGGAUCCCUUUGUUUGGAUUUAGACGAAGAAAGGCGCCCCAUAACACGCGUGUGCGAGUCAACUAACACCAAGUGGCUUCUAUCUUUUACGUCUCCCAUGGACUCCUUCUGGUCCCUGACGUAG